AUGCGCCCCAUUGGCCAGAGCUGCUUCAUCACGGCGCUCGUAGGCGCUGGCUUCGUCUCGAAGGCGGCCACCGAGUGGACGCUCGACGUCUCGUGUCCGUCGCAACAGCCAGCGACGCUCACGAUCGCAGAGCUCACGGCGUCGUAUUUGUGCUCGGACGGCACGAGAAAAGAGGCGCAAAUGGGCAACGGCUACUUCAUGGUCGACGUGAACGUCGAGACGCUGGCGCUGGAGCUCAAGGGCUCGAGCGUAGAAAUCCUGAACUUUUCCUCGUCGGCGACGAUCAAGCCUGUGUUAUCACCGGGGAAGCUGGACUUCCGCUACUUUAGCCACCUCAAGAGCUUAAUAUUUACACACGUAGUCAUGGACAGCGUCGAGCUAAUGACUCAGAACGUCACGACCGAUGUACGCAUUAUCAACUCGGAUAUCGAGGAUCUGUCACUGCCAUUGCCCGGAGAGGCGUUGACUCAAAUUGACUUGAGUGGCACAAGUGUUGCGAAGCUACCAACGUUCCUUUACGAACGAGACCUGCACAGCAAUGUGAACGUAAUGGUAGAUUUGUCUUUAGUCCAUGGCGAAGCCGAACUCAGCUCGAAGCAGCUGAGCAUUUUGGAAGCGAAUCUUCAGACACUUUCGGCACAGUCUUGGGCUCGCGAUUACGCUUCGAGCUGCGAAAUGCCGGAAAUCUUGAGUGCGACGGUUCCUUCUGGAAGUACGGAACGAACAGUAGUUUGCGGCACUGGUAGCUCAUCGCCCAGCAUGGUACCUGCAAGUGGUCAUUCUUCUAUCAGCAGUAGUGAUAAUGUCAGCGAUGGUUCGACAGCAGGUGUGAGCUCCGGCGAUAGCACCAGUAGUAUAUCUACAGGAGCUCUUGUUGCGACCAUCGUCGUAGUCGUCGUGUUCGCUGUGCUUCUUACGCUCUUCCUUUUGCGGAUGUACGUGAGACGCAAGGCUGCCAAUGCGAGCUCCCCCAGCAACGACGCUGCAACGACGCUAAUGAGCAAACGCGAAGCUGCGAAUAAAAGUUCAUUCAUCUCGAACGACGAGUUCUUGCGGAACUUCCGGCUACCACAGAGUGAUGUAGCACUGGUCAAAUCUGUCGGUACGGGUCGUCUUUGGAUGGGCGAGUAUCAUGGCGGGAAGGUGGUAUUGAAGCGUGUGGAGUCGGAAGUGACGGACUCGUACGUAACGAAAGCGCUGAUGGCCCAAGCUCGCAUGCUCGCUGUCAUCUCGCAUCCAAAUAUUACGAAUUUGGUGGGGGUCACUUGGCUGGCCGGCACGGAUUUUGCGGUGGUGACUGAGUUCAUGGACAAGGGUAACCUGAAGACUAUGUUAGCAAACACGGACGUGGACUUGACUGUCGCAACGAAAUUGCAGAUGUGCAGUGAUGUGGCGUUGGCGCUCGCAUAUGUGCAUGAGUCUGAGCGCAAUAUGUGUGCAAGGCAAUUGUCCAGCCGAAAGGUACUCGUGAACAAGGCUAUGAGCUGCAAGCUCAGCCUUUUCGAGUGCGUCCCGAUUUCUGCCAAACUAGGAUGCUCGAAUGUUGUAGCCGCGUAUUCAUACGGUAUGGGCGAGCUUGCAUGGUUACCACCCGAGGUGAUUACCCGGUCAUGUCCGACGGAAGCGCGGAAGAGCAACAUUUACGCGUUUGGCGUUUUGGUUAGCGAAAUCUUUUCGCGAGUAUCGCCAUAUCAGUCACUGGUCGAGAAAAUGGGCAACACAAUGUCAGAUAUAGAGAUUGCAAAGCGGGUGCGGCGUCGGGAGUUGCUAGCACCACAUGAGAACCGGCAUGAAUACCUUGCAGCGCCAGCGAGCGUACGGCAGUUGGUCGAGCGGUGUCUUUCGUACGCACCUAUGAGCCGGCCGACCGCAAAGGACAUUAUGGAAGUUUUGCACGGCGCCAAGAACGAAUUGUUGACGAAAAGCGUUUAA